AUGGACAUACCCGAGAUACCAGAUGAUGCACCAUGGCAAGAAUUUUACGAACACAGAUUCGAUGUGCGCCACGAUUCCCGCCAGUGUAUAGACGUGUUGCCGCUACUUGACAUCUUCUGGAACAGCGACGCGCGCAACACAUCAGUUUCCCUUGAGAGGGCUGAUAACGAUGCAUCAGAUGACUUCGACUCAGAGUCUGAAGAACCAGAUCUUGACGUAACGUCAUUCGCCAAUGUCCUUUCCGAGCUAGGGAAGAUGGAUGCACUCGAUUUGCGGAAAACCCGUCGCUUGCUAGAAGGGAUCUACGUCAACACGACGGGUACCCAAGGCACCAUUGCAUAUCGUUCGACCAGUCACAACGCUACUGUGCGGCCGAUACGACAUCGCUGUUCUACGAAGCCCAUCAACCUUAUUUAA